GGGGAGCGGCCGCCGCUGGCUGCCAUGGACGCGCUGUGCGGCGCCGACCCCCGGCCUCGCGGCCGCCGCGGGGAGCCGCCCGCGUGCUCCUGCCCGGAGCCGGGCCCGGCGGCCUCGCUGCUGCCCUGGGCCCGCUUCUGCGCCUGGCUCGAGUGUGUCUGCGUGGUCACCUUCGACCUGGAGCUGGGGCAGGCCAUGGAGUUGGUGUAUCCUUAUGACUUCAGACUGACAGAAAAAGAGAAAACCAACAUCUGCUACUUGUCCUUCCCAGACUCCUACUCAGGCGGCCUAGGAGAUAGUCAAUUUAGCUUCCGUCUCCGUCAGUCUGGGGGGCAGAGAAACACUCAUUUUGGGGAUGAUGGCGAAUAUAACAGAGAAGCCCCCCUAACACUACAGCGAGAGUCAGCUCAUUACUUUGGCUAUGUGUACUUCAGGCAAGUCAAGGACAGCUCAAUGAAGAGAGGUUAUUUCCAGAAGUCUCUAGUGCUGGUGUCACGCUUGCCUUAUGUGAACCUGUUCCAAUCUCUGCUGCAGCUGAUUGCUCCUGAGUACUUUGACAAGCUGGAGCCAUGCCUGGAGGCAGUGUGCAAUGAGAUUGAUCAGUGGCCACCUCCGGUGCCAGGACAGACGCUAAACCUUCCUGUGAUGGGAAUUGUCAUUCAGGUGAGAAUCCCAUCUAGGGUGGAUAAACCCGGAUCAAGUCCUCUGAAGCAGUUCAAUCAGGAGAACUUGUUACCAGCCCCAUUAGUUCUCCCCAGUGUUCAGGAACUGGAUCUCUUCAGAUGUUUCCAGUCAGUGCUAAUUCAUAUCCAGAUGCUGUGGGAGCUGAUGCUACUGGGGGAGCCAAUAGUUGUAAUGGCGCCAUCCCCUACAAUUUCCUCAGAAAUGGUUCUGGCACUUGCCAGCUGUCUCACCCCUCUUAAGUACUGCUGUGACUAUCGUCCAUAUUUUACUAUCCAUGACAGCGAAUUUAAGGAGUACACCACCAGGACACAAGCCCCGCCGAACAUUGUCGUGGGAGUCACAAAUCCUUUCUUCAUCAAAACGCUCCAGCACUGGCCUCACCUUCUUCGGAUCGGGGAGCUCAAAAUGUCAGGUGACUUACCCAAACAAGUCAAGGUGAAGAAACUAACCAAACUGAAAACUCUGGACACUAAGCCGGGAAUCUACACCUCUUACAAGACGUUUCUGCACAAAGACAAAACCCUGAUAAAGAGAUUGUUAAAGGGGAUUCAGAGGAAGCGCCCUUCUGAAGUCCAAAGUGCCCUUUUGAGGCGCCACCUGCUGGAGCUCACACAGAGUUUCAUUAUUCCCCUGGAGCAUUACAUUGCGAGUCUGAUGCCUCUACAGAGGGCCAUUACUCCAUGGAAGAAUCCUCCCCAGAUCCGUCCUUUCCGACAGGAGGAUUUCAUGAAGACCCUUGAACAUGCUGGUCCCCAACUCACCUGUGUACUUAAGGGUGACUGGUUAGGCCUGUAUAGACGUUUCUUCAAGUCUCCCAACUUUGAUGGCUGGUACCGUCAGAGACACAAGGAAAUGACCCAGAAGCUGGAGGCUCUUCACCUGGAGGCGAUCUGCGAGGCGAACAUUGUGGCCUGGAUGAAAGACAAGUCCGAAGUGGAGAUUGUAGACCUGGUUCUGAAACUUCGAGAGAAGCUGAUCAGAGCCAGGUGCCAUCACCUCCCUGUGAAGGAGGAAACGCUGCAGCGAGUGGGCCUUUACAUCGAAACCAUCAUUGGUUCCCUGCCUGAGGAUCUCCAGACUGUGCUGCACCACCACUGAGCCACCCAGCACCAGGACUCCCCCAUUCACAGCAUCUCCUUCAGAGCUGCAGGGGGCUGCAGUCAGGUUUGAGGAAGAAGCUGCUGCCCUGAUCCAGCACCGCCC